AUGCGAAGUCCUUCAUAUUACACUCACUACUUGGUUCUGGCAGCUCACCGGUUGCUCAACGCGAUGAUGGAGGAUCAGAUGAGAGAAGCUUCCGAAGAGCGAGCGAGACUCGAGGAGGUUGAUCACGACACAUCCACUCAUUUCGCCGAAUAUCUCUAUGGAGGUGAUUACAAUCCAGCAGAAGCCUUGAUCAUACUAGGGCAAGAAGAGCAAGAAGACGAAGAAGAAGCCUCGUGCAAAGGUGAUCGCCGCGCCGGCAAAGAAGUCUAUCUUCUCCCGUUUAAGUAG